GUCCUACAAGAACAGCUGACGAAAAAUCCUCUUCAGGCGGGAAGGAAGGCGAGGAGUGGCGAAUUUAAGGGACACUGCGGAAAUGAUGACUAAAGUGAAGAGGGAACUGUUGUGCGUACUGCUGCUUUGUGAAGCGGCCUUCACUUUGCCCAGGCCGGUGAGUGUGCAGAGGCUGGGUUAGGGUUCCAGGGGCUCAGGGUUGACCUGCAUAGAUGAAAAAACCCUGAUGAUAUACCAGCAACGUGAGUCGUGGCUGCGCCCCAUGCUCAGAAGCAACCGGGUAGAAUACUGCUGGUGCAACAGCGGCUGGGCCCAGUGCCACUCCGUGCCCAUCGGAACUUGCAACGAACAGAGGUGCUUCAAUGGGGGGACAUGCUGGCAAGCUCUGCAUUUCUCAGCUUUUGUCUGUCAGUGCCCUGAAGGAUUUACAGGGAAACUCUGUGAAAUAGAUGCCAGUGCCACCUGCUACAAGGACCAGGGUGUCACCUACAGGGGCACAUGGAGCACAGCGGAAAGUGGGGCUGAAUGUGUCAACUGGAACAGCAGUGCUCUGACCUGGAAGACCUACAAUGGGCGGAAGCCAGAUGCCAUCAAGCUGGGCCUUGGGAAUCACAACUACUGCAGAAACCCAAAUAGAGACUCAAAACCUUGGUGCUAUGUCUUCAAAGCAGGGAAGUACAGCCCGGAGUUCUGCAGCACGCCCGUCUGCUCCAACGGAAAAAAUGGGGACUGCUACUUAGGAAAAGGGUUAGACUACCGUGGCACCUACAGCCUCACCACGUCUGGCACCUCCUGCCUCCCAUGGAAUUCCAUGGCCCUGAGAGGCAAUUUAUACGGCGCAGAAAAGCAACGCCAGGGCCCUGGGCCUGGGCAAACACAAUUACUGCCGGUAUGUAGCAUAGCGAAUCCAGAUGGGGAUGUGAAGCCUUGGUGCCAUGUGUGGAAGGACCGCAAGCUGCAGUGGGAAUACUGUGACAUCCCCCAGUGCUCCACCUGUGGCCAGAGAAAGUACAAGCAGCCUCAGUUCCGCAUUAAAGGAGGACUCUUCUCGGACAUCACCUCUCAUCCAUGGCAGGCUGCUCUCUUUGUCAAGAACAGGAGGCAGACGGGAGAAAGGUUCUUUUGUGGGGGAAUAUUGAUCAGUUCCUGCUGGGUCCUAUCUGCUGCCCACUGCUUACAGGAAAGGUUUCCAGUCCACCACCUUAAGGUGGUUUUGGGCAGAACCUACCGGGAGGAACCUGGAAGAGAAGAACAGACAUUUGAAGUAGAAAAAUAUAUCAUCCACAAGGAUUUUGAUGACAACACUUACGACAAUGAUAUUGCACUGCUGCAGCUGAAAUCGGAUUCGCUACAAUGUGCCCAAGAGAGUGACAGCGUUCGCACCGUCUGUCUUCCGGAAGCUGCCCUCCAGUUGCCCGACUGGACGGAAUGUGAGCUGUCUGGCUACGGCAAGCAUGAGGAAUUUUCUCCCUUCUAUUCUGAGCGGCUGAAGGAAGCACAUGUCAGGCUGUACCCUGCCAACCGCUGCACGUCCCAGUAUGUGUCAAACAAAACCAUCACGAACAACAUGCUGUGUGCUGGAGACACACGGAGCGGAGGGAACCAACCGAACCUGCACGACGCUUGCAAGGGUGACUCAGGAGGCCCCUUGGUGUGUAUGAAGGACGACCGCAUGACUUUGGUUGGCAUCAUCAGUUGGGGUAUUGGCUGUGGGCAGAAAGACGUUCCAGGUGUAUACACCAAGGUUACUAAUUACCUAGACUGGAUUCGAGACAAUACGCGCCCAUGAGCAAGAACAUCCGAGUUCCUGAAAUCAUGGCAGACCUUGCCUUCCUCGACAUGAGAAGACACACCGAGGCAGAAUGCUUCUUUACACAGCUUUCUCCACGAGCCAUCACACCGGACUAGUGGGGGGAUAACCAACGGGAGAGGGGAAAGGAUGUAUUUUCACAGGUACUUCCCACUUUGGAAGUGUUCGGGGAUUAAGGUCUGAUUUCGAAUGUAUUUCUGUCAGAUAAGAAGACAGAUAAAUGCCAACCCCUCCCAGAACACUACCAUCGAGGAAAGAUAGGUAGGACAAAAGCGCAACCUCCUAAUCUGUCACUGUGAGCAGCUUUGGAAAUGGGACCACAAGGAUAAAAGCACGUCUCUAGUAAAAAAAUAACUAGAUCCUCGAGGAAAGAAGUAUUGCAAUAGGGAUAGAAUGACUGAGUAUUGCCACAAGGAAGCCCAACAGGGACCCGGGCCCCCUAAUAGGGAAUGAGCUGGCUGGCCAGGUCGUGUUCCUCAAACCAUCCUUUAAGUUAAGUAUUUGUCCCCUUUCUCUGGCCUACAGCUCUUGGAAGGAAUUCCUUUUAUGUACAGUGUAAAUCUUUUUUCAUUAUAAACUUUAUACUAGAAUUGUAUCAUUUUAAUAACAGAUAAACGAGGCUUUAGCAUUUUUGU